AUGGAUAGUUAUAGUGAUGAUAGUGAUGACUAUCCAUACAUUAAAACAAACCAUCAUUCCACCCAGAUCUCUAUCAAACUUGAAAGUAGAAGUAGGGAGGACCAUACCCCACCUUUUAAAUCGAUAGAAUUCAUUUUAGUGGUGGCUGUCAUUGUCGUUGCUGUGACUGUUGGAGUGGUCGUUGGAAGAAAGAAGAGUAAAGAUAAUAAUAGUAAUAGUAGUAGUAGUAGUAGUGGGGACACCCCAAACAUCCCACCUGCUACAAAUAUAACAUCGAUCAAUCUAAGUGUAAAGGAAUUAGUAGAACAAUGGGAGAUGAGUAAAUCAUGGAAUAUUGUACAUAUGACUUAUGGUAAAGACCUCAUCACAUUGGUUGACAAUGAUACUGCAUUCCGUGCCAAGUACCCAGCUGGUAGUUAUAAACCAUCGGCUACACCACGUGGUGGUUUUGGAUGGUACUCUUCACCAGAAUCAGUGUUUGCAAGCAACGUAUCAUGCUUUUCAUUUCGUGUAAGGUUUCCAACUGGUUUCAAUUAUGUUAAAGGUGGUAAAUUACCUGGACUGUGGAUUGGAGAGACUGGUGCCAAUGGUGGAACACAUAUUGACGAUGGGUCGAGUGUACGUAUUAUGUGGCGUGCUGUUGGUUCUUCAGAAGUCUAUCUCUACGUACCCUCUGACCAACUACCAGCGUUCUAUCAGCUGCCUGGAUACGUCGAUACUGGUGAUACGGGUGAUAGCGUCUGGAGAGGGUCAUUCCAAUAUGUUACAGGUACUGAAUGGAAUAAUAUCACCCUAUCAGUUGCCAUGAACACCUUUGCCGCCAAUGGUACUGCCAACUAUGACGGUUACCUCGCCGUUCAAAUCAAUGGAGUCAAGCAAUCAUACAACCAAAUGAAAUGGAUUGGUGUUAAAGACAAGCUAAUCAACGGACUCAUGAUGCAGUCUUUCUUUGGAGGAUCCGAUACUUCAUGGGCAUCGCCAACCGACCAAUAUGUAGAUUACUCUCAAUUCACUAUGGUGACGUCUUUUCCUUGGAAUAGAGAAAUGUUAGAUAAUAUAAUAGUAAUUGGUUCAGGAUCAAGAGAACAUGCUAUUGCAUGGAAACUAUUAAAAUCAAAAAAAGUAAAUAAAAUAUAUAUGGUACCUGGAAAUGGAUCGAUAACAACAUCAAAUGGAAGAAUCAAUAAUGCACCAAAUGUAGCGAUCAAUGCCGAGUCAAUUGCCAAUUUCAGUAAAGAGGUGAAUGCAUCGAUGGUGGUCGUCGGACCAGAGGUACCGCUGGUGGAUGGCUUGGCAGACGAUUUGAAGAGAAAGGGUGUGCCAUGCUUUGGUCCAUCGCGGGCUGCUGCCGAGAUUGAAGGCUCCAAAUGCUUCUCCAAGGCGUUUAUGCACCGUCACGGUAUCCCAACUGCCGCAUUCCAGUCGUUUACAAAGUAUGAGGAUGCUGUUGGCUAUGUCGAGUCGGUUGGCCAUAAUGUGGUCAUCAAGGCAUCGGGAUGUGCCGCCGGAAAGGGUGUGCUCAUUCCAGCAGACAAAAAAGAGGCGAUUGCUGCGUUGAAGCGUGUGAUGGUCGACAAGGAGUUUGGCAGUGCCGGUGACGAGGUGGUGGUGGAGCAGUUUAUCGACGGUGAUGAGGUGUCGGUGAUGUGCUUCUCGGACGGGUACACAGUGACCGUCAUGCCACCUGCACAAGACCAUAAACGUGCACUCGACGGUGACAAGGGUGCAAAUACCGGUGGAAUGGGUGCAUACUCGCCCGCACCAUUCGUGACCGACCGUAGAGCAGGUGCAUCAGCGUCGGGAUUCGGUCCGCGUAUCGACGCGAUCGUCGAGACUGUGCUCAAACCAACCAUCAACGGUAUGCGACGUGAAGGACGUCCGUUUGUAGAUGCAUACGCCAAAGGUCGCGAGAUUGUCGGUGUCGAGCGGUUCCCCCAGUCGGACAGUCUCAUGCUCUUCCAAGCCGGCACGACUGUCGUCCAAGCACCCGAUCAUACCAGCCGUCUCGUCACUAGCGGUGGUCGUGUGCUAUCGACCACUGCACUAGCCGCCGAUCUAGAAGCUGCCAUCCGUGCUGCCUAUGUAGGUGUCGCUGCCGUCUCUUUUGAGGGUAUGCAGUUUAGAAAGGAUAUUGGACACCGUGCCAUCACAUACUUGGCCAAUAAACGUAGUGCCGAGACAGGUACCAGUGGAGUAUCAUACAGCGAGAGUGGAGUCGAUAUUGAACGUGGUGAUGCCGUAGUCGACAAUAUUGCACCAAUGGCCAAGACCACCAACCGAAGUGGUUGUGUCAGCGAUCUAGGUGGUUUUGGUGCGUUGUUUGAUGUCAAAGCAGCUGGAUUCAAAGAUCCAAUAUUGGUCAGUGGAACAGAUGGUGUUGGAACAAAACUCAAGAUUGCACAAGAAGUUAACCGUCAUCAAGACAUUGGUAUUGAUCUCGUUGCAAUGUGUGUGAAUGAUGUGUUGGUUCAAGGUGCCGAACCACUCUUUUUCCUCGACUACUUUGCAACCGGUCGUAUCCAUGUAGAUGUUGCUACACAGGUGAUUGGCGGUAUUGCACGUGGAUGUAAAGAGUCUGGUUGCGCACUGAUUGGUGGUGAGACGGCCGAGAUGCCCGGUAUGUACCGUGACGGCGAGUACGACUUGGCUGGGUUUGCCGUGGGUGCCGUUGAACGCGACCAAAUGCUACCACGCAACAUCCGUCCAGGCAACAUACUCCUCGGUCUCGCCAGCUCGGGUGUCCACUCGAACGGGUACUCGUUGGUACGAUACCUCAUAGAGAAGAAGAGCGGGCUCGUCAAAGAAGGCGACAGCAGCAACUCGGUCUACCUGCAAAAGGCUCCCUUUGAGCCAACCAAGACACUCGGCGAGACACUACUCACCCCCACCAAACUCUACGUCCUCUCCUGCUUGGCUGCCAUCAAGAAUGGCGGUGUCAACGGUCUUGCACACAUCACUGGUGGUGGUAUCACCGAGAAUCUCCCACGUGUCCUCCCCGACGGCAUGAACGCUCACGUUGACAUUGGUUCAUGGAACAUCCUCCCCGUCUUCCAAUGGCUCAAUGAAAUUGGCAAGAUGGACAGUCUCGAACUCCUCCGUACCUUUAAUUGCGGUAUCGGUAUGGUCCUGAUUGUCGAAAAGGAAAAGGUCGAACAAAUCACCUCCCUCCUCCAACACCACAACGAAACUGUCUACCAAAUUGGAACCAUCCAAUCAUCUUCAAACAAAUCUGAAAAGCCAAAGGUCAUUUAUCAAUAA